GCAAGUAAAUUUUUUUUUUAUCUUCUGCCUUUCGUCCGCGUGUCUCCUCACGACGGUGAUAUGUGUUCCCGCGGUGCAUUGCUGCUCCUUUGCUCGGUCCUGAUGCUCGUCGGACACCGGUGCGAGGAAAACAACGCCACGACCGUCACCACUGAGGAAAACGCGCUGGCGAAACUGGUGAAAAUGUUCUCGAAACCGGGCGCUUUCAAACGAAUUAAUGCAAUACUCGGUGAAAAUUCGAUCGAGGAGUCUUACACAUCCUGCCCGAAAGGUGAGGAGGGCCUCGAGUGCAGAAGAGCCGAAGCUCGACGAUCGGUCGACUGUCCAGAAGGUGACUGUUACUGCUACAAUUGUGCGACAGCUGGCCCCGAAUUGUGGGCCUCCUGUUGCCGUGAAAGCCUGCGAUGCUGUUCGCAUCUCGCGGCGGCCUGCAGAACCUGCGACCACCCGACGUUAUAUCCGUUUUGCUCGAAACAUUUCAAGAAAUGCCUCUCCGAAUACAAUGAAAAGGAACAGAACUGA